AAUCUCAAAUCCUACUGAUCUUCAACAUAUUAGACCUACAAGCUUGUUUCCUUUCAAAAAUUGUAGAAAAAAUCAUACAGGAACAAUAAAAUUGAAGUAAUACAAAACACCAGAUGAAUCUAAAACAAGACGAUCACGCUAAGAAAACGAAUGUCGAAAUGCACGAUACGAAUGUCCUAUUUAUAUACCCUUAUUCAUUUCGGUCGGACCAGCAACUGAGCGUUUCCGCGUCAGACAUCUCAUGUCAAUUCCCAUUAAGCCGUUUGGGAUGUAGUCUGUGAAAUAUAGAUUUCCCGGGAUAAAAUGUAGCCAAUGUGAUAUUCCAGACUAUGUCUAUGCACCAAAUUACACACUUUCCUAGUUAUAUAACAAUAGUAUGGAUUUGCGAGUUUGUUACAGAUUCGCAACCUCGUCUCCAUGCGUCUUCAUCUCUCCAAAUGUCAUUUUCUAGACCUCCUAUCUGCAUAUCUCGUCUGACUUAUUUUUUUCCGUUGCUCUCGAUGCCUACCUCUUUUCCUUCUGCGCUCUCUCAAUUUCCUCUGUCGCUGGUGUCUGAGCGUUCACAUUUCAUCAUUUCUGAUUUUUUGAGCCUUGACACUCAUUAGCCUUUUUGGAAGAAAUCCAUUUCUUUCGCCUCUACUUUUUUUCUGUCCCGUUUUGUCAUUUCUCACACUUGUGAUCCAUAUAGGAAGCUUUGUACGAUUGUAUGGUAUUCUAAUGUUUAAUAUGUCUUUGUAUAUGUAGGUAUGUAUGCAGACGAUUUCAAGUAUCAGUAUUCCUAUCGCUAUGGCUUUAAUUAAGCACGCGUCUUCGAUAUACAUGUAUCGCUUCUUUGCCUAUUUAUCGAAGAAUGCAACCAAAUGCCAAACUUUGGAGUGAUUAAAAUCGCGCGCAUAAAUGGAGUAUUCUGUAUAUCCUAUGCUCCACUGUAAUUAAAACCAAAUGUUAUGUUUUUGGUAAUCUUUGUAUCCAAGGUUAUAUUUUUUUCAGUUAGUAUGCAUAUCCCACCUAGAAGCUUCGCACAUAGUCGCCCACGUGGCAGCUUUGCUUCAUAGCUAACACAACUUCAACAUGGAACCAGACCCGCUGGACACAAGUCGACAGUCGAACAGUAGGCCCGUUAGCUACUAUGAAAACAACCAGCAAGCCUCAGAAAGCCGGCUGUCCUCUGAGGGCAAGGCGGCCUCAAACAAUAAUCUCAACAGGUUUACUAAAAGCCCGACCCAGACGCAUUGUUUGAAUACGACGGUGCCUCAAAAUAUCGCUGCGCCCGAUUUUGGAGGCAGACAUCAACCUACGAGAAACAGCUUACGGCACAGUCGGAUGAUAGUACUGAAUAGAUCUGGACAAGCUGUAACACCAAACGACAUACCUCUGCUGAAGCACAGAAAACUAGUCAAAGCUUUUCUCAUCCUAACCUUGCUCAUUGGAAUUUUCCUCUGCCUAAUCUCACUAUGGUUCCUAGUUUGGUCGCCUAAUCUUAGACAAAGAGACAAUCCCUGUUGGAGCGCCUUACCUAUCUUAAUGUCAGGCAUCGUGGGCCUAUUAUACCUUCACUACUGCCCAAAGCUACAUCCCAGCCGCUUGCUAAGCUACUUGAUUAAAUCGCUGAAGUACUUGUCCGUGUGCCUGAGUGUUCUGGCCUGCAUCACCGCCUUAUCAGCGUUUUUCAUCGCAUUGAUGCAUAUCGUGGCUAUUUCCAUCACCAGCUGUGCACCUCCGAGCAAGGCCAGUUCCACCUGCUUAUGUGACACUGGAAGCAAUAGGACCCAGGAUACGAUGUUUGAUGCCUCUUUUCAUUAUUUGGAUUUGAAUUGUUUCGAAGUGGAUGUAGUUCUCAGGUCAAUAAUAGCUGUGGUUUGCCUGAUAAAUGGAAUGGCGUUCAUUUUUGGAUCAUUCUACUUGUACUUACAAUGGACGGGCAGGAACACCCACUUUUACUCAAGAGUUCCUACCGCCAUCAACGGGAAGGAGAUGAAAGUAUUCAAGAGCAACAGUUAACGGACCAAUAUCUAUAUGCACAAAUCAUGUACUUAAGGACUUUUAAUGACAAUAAUCAUGGUUGCGAGGAAGUACUCCACAAUACUUCAUUGAUACUUACCUCCUACAGGCUGUUGCUUGGGUUCAUUUGAGCAACAUAUUAUCAUCAAACUCAUAUAAUGUCGUAUCUCAGUUUCCGUGACUUGACAGGCGAAGCGAUUUGAGUAGGGGAAAAUUUAUUAAGUUCAGGGGUGAUAUUUCGUCACCAUUGGAGUAAGUAUCCUAGGUUUAUCGCAGCUCAUGAGUUGAUAAAGGAUCUGUUCCUUUUUUUUGGAGAUACGACACCGCGUAGAAUUAGCGACGAUAAAGUGAUUAAAAUAAACUAUAAGAAAUUUAUUUUGAACAAAAACUGCUCAUAUAAUUUUUCCUGUUGUAAAAAAUAUGUUAACCUUUAACAAAUAGACUAUUCCUGCAUUACCAUUUUGACCAUUUGUAUAGUAUUUGUUAGGACAAUUUGACAAUAGUACAUAUUAGCCAAAGAUGACAUGUACCAUAUAUCUCUACCUUCAAUGACAAACACUAUGGCUCUCUAUGUUUGUGUAACAGUUUUUUUGCCCAUCAAUCUUAUAAUAUAGUUGUGAUUUCCGUAUGAUUAUAUAAAUGGUGUUGAAACUGAUAUACUUAAAAUACUCAGAUAGGUUUAGGUUCAUACUUUUUCUCCCAUACAUGUAUAUUUGUUAUACAUGCCUUUCAUCUCGGAUUAUUUCACCCUCAUGUAAAUAUAUACAUUUUUUAUUUUUAUUUGAUAGGGGGUUUAUAGAUCUAUGUAUAUGUCCAAUUCACGUGGAAAAAUUAAAAACAGUUGAUACGAUAAAUGAUACUUCUAGUGUCUUCAUAAAACAGUAACUAUAUCCUUAUUUUCUAUGAAAAUGUUACGUUUUUCGGGUAGGAAUGCUUCUCUAAGUUAUAAGAAUGAAUGUGUUUCCCUAUCAGACAAUUGAGCUGUAUUCUUUAAUGUGUCUAAUACGCAUUUAUAAAAUUUCAAAUAUAAAAGUGAUAUGGAAAAAUAUGCAUUACUUAACCUGGGAGAAAGUAGAGACACAGGUCCAAGAGGUCAGAUGACGUGACGCAGAUGGCUACUCGCAUUAAGGAUGGAUAUGUAUAGUCUGACAGGAAUGUGUGAUUCAAAAUGGUUAUCAAAAUUGGGACUUUCCUUUUCAGAAACCAUUACUAUUUAUUUGGUACCGCAUUUCAAUUACUACCCUGUCACAUGUUUAUAAUUACUGCUUGAAGUAGUCGCUGUUCGAUUCAAAAACACGAGUUUGUUUAUUUAUUCCUACAUUUGCAACAUUAGGUGUACAGUGUUCACUAAGAUGGCUUUUACAUGAUAUAAACAAACUUACGCAGCUCUCAUUUAAAUAUCGAAGACGAUGUCGACAUUCUGAAUACUCAGACAUUCGCGGAGUAUCAACAAGAUCUUGAAGAUGCGCAAAUCGAUAAUUACGCUAUAUUGCUGUACGCAUGCCUUAAACUCGGAUUUCAAAUGCAGUUUGUUUAUAAACUAGUAUCACCUAAACAUCGUGCGGUGCCUGAGUCAGACAUAGUCAUAGUACCACAAAACAUCCGACACCUGUUUCGCUAUGUUAGCAUCUGCAGGAGAAGAUUAACCUCAAGCAUAGUUGUUUUUAAAUUAUUCUUUUGUAUUCUUGGGACAAUGCACUGGUAUUACCAAUAUGCUGAGCAACUGUAAUAUAGAUCACGUUUUGAAGUUGUGAAUAUUAUAAUGUUAAAACAUACCAACUAGGGGUACCUAUAGACAAUAACGUUCAUUUUGUUGAAUUCGUAUUAGAAAUGAUCAAAAUGCCUAUAUUUUUAUAUUAGGUUUUUUACCCUAGUGUUUAAUAUCUUAAUGUCUCAAAAUUUCUCAGUAUUGACUAUUGGCAUUAAAAGUGCAUUUAGCAUAUAAACGAUUGAAUCUUGUCGAUUUCGACGAAGCUAUAGGUAUAAGAAUGAUGAAACAUUUGACUCGUGUCGAAAUUAUUCAGUGACUUGAAUGUUAUACCAUGCAUGUUGUAUGACAGAAUAUCAAUUUUCAUGACUGUAUUUGGAAGGGUUGUACAUUCAUCAGGUAAGAAGAUGGAGAGAUUAUUUAAAAAUUCUGUGUGUAUGUCGGAAGAAAACAAUCAUACAGAUUAUGAAUAAAGGAUAUACUUUAUGAGUAUAAAUACAGCAUAGUUGAAACGUUUAUAGAUUACCAGAUUGCAUUUAAAUAUUAUAUAAAUGGGUUCUUUUGUGGAAUGAAAACAAUCAUACUCGGCAACAUGCUUUGUUAUGUGUAUGUUGUAUAUGUUACGCUCAAAGACAGAAAACGCCCAUUGAGCUGAAUCAUGGCUCACAAUGUCUUGUUCUCACUGUGAAACAUGCACUCCGCGAAAUUGUGUCAUAUGAAAGUGCAUAGUAGAAUUUGUGUCGUGACUGUCACGUUGUGAUUAUUACGCAGUGAUUUUUGGCCGAUAUCCUUAGGAAAUAUGUUUUGUACUGUAACAGCUACCAGACAGAGAAUGCCCUUACUGCUCUUUCUACCGCUGAACAUUGAAAACCGCUGCUGGCCGUAUUUGUCAUUAUCAAAUAUAAUGUAAAUAAAUAGUGUUAUUAAAAUAAAACAUAUAAAUAAUACAUUAUUGAACACAAAUGAUUACUUACCUGUAUACUACUUUAUUACAUUUAUUUAAAAUAAUGAGGGCAAUUUUGUUGUCAGUUUGAAAUGUUUUCAGGUAUUCAAAAUAUUUAAUAGAAAUUAACGGAUUACUAAACUUUUGUUGUGAAAAAUAAAUAUUGGACUCUUAUUUCUACUAUUGCUAGGGCAUUUUGAGUUGCACUGUAUAUUCUUUGAACGACACUUGCGCUUUUUAUCAAUACAGUGGCACAUUAUAUAGUUGACUUCCAGAUGAUAACAUAGAUGCUGAGAGAAGUGUUAAUAAAGCCGGUCUCGGAAAGUGUACACCCAUUAAAUGCAUGAAGUCUGUCGAAUAGAUAUGCGCUGAUACAUGUUCAUUCUCAAAAGUAGAGAAUAAAUGAAUGAACAACUCUACUAUUGUUUUCAGCAUUUUUGGUCGGCAGAACUGCCAACUAGUGCGCAGAACGCGUUAGGACUUUUCUUGAUUGCCACAAUGCUUUGUGGUCAUAUGACAGCCACGUCGCAAAUAGGUCAUGUCACCUAAAUUUCAUUUACAGUUUGCACUAUGCACUUUGGUACUGCAAAGAAACCCGUUCUAUGAAUCUUGUAUUGGUAAUUUUGUUCAUCUCUCCAAGAUUUCUAGAUACAGAAUUUAGUAUUUUUAUGGGUAUAAGGUCGAGUUUUAGUAUCCUUCUAAAUGAUAGUAUACAACUGCAUGACUUCAAUGUUUCGCACAAAUCAGGAGGUAUAGGCACAGACCAGCACAAAUGAUUUCCAUAAAGUUGAUUGUAUGUAAUUUUUAUGUGAACAUCUCUUGUAUAGAAUCUCAAAUUUACUGUACCCUCAAGUACAGGGUGCUUUGUUGAUUAAUCACCUAAGCAAUUAGUUAUUAUUGUGGACCAGAAAUAUAAGGUAAUUGAUUGAAGUAUUUAUUCACCGAUGUACUUAAGUUUUUACGUGUUUGUAUUUUGUAUGCAAGUUGUUUUAUGUAAUGACCAGUAUAUUCUGAUAUUGAUAGUUUAUUUUUUGUAUGAAACUUUACCAAAUAAAAAAUUUAAAACUUU